GCACUAAUCGAAGAAGACAAACACGGGGAAAAAUCAUAAUCAAAAUCAAAACCCCCAAAAAGUAAAGAUACCUGUCUCUCUCUCUCUCUCUCUCUCUCUGAGUCUCUCGCUCGCUGGGAGGGAUUUAGGGCAACGGAAUUAACGCAUUUUUAAGCAGUUUACGAAAAGAUAUCACAGUCUCUCUCUUCACAUUGAAGCUUCGUGACCUUCUUAAAUUCUUCAAUCCCAAUCACGCCCUCUGCAUUCUUCAUCUGAUGGAUUUGGAGUAGGAAGAAGCACCAUAAAGCCUCCCAAUUCACCGGUACAUCCACGCAAUUCCCACUCGUUUUCCUCGGCGAAUGGCGAUGAACCGGGGAAUUUCCGGCGCGGGCCUCCACAGAAGCAGAGGCGGUGGAUCUCGAUUCCCUUUAGCAAUUCUCAUUGUCUUUGCGUUGCUCGUGCCGUUGGUUUUCUUCGUCGGCCGAGGACUCCGCGUCACUGUUGUUGCAGAUCGAGAUGAUGUUUCAAUUGGUACCAGUAAACAGAAUGUGGAUUGGAGAGAAAGGCUGGCACUGCAACAUGUCAAAUCUAUUUUCACAAAAGAGGUCAUUCAUGCUGUCACAGCCAGCACAAGUGACAUGGGGCCUUUGAGUCUUGAUAUAUUUAAGAAAAACAACUUGUCUGCUUCAUGGAAAGUCUUUGGGGCCAAGACUUCAGUUGUUGACACUUCUGAGCCAAACCAAGUGGCUGCAGAUGUCAAAAAGGAAACACCUAAGGAAAAAAAGGAUCAUUCCUCAGAUGAUCGUGCUCAAUUUGUUGGUAAACCUGCAGACCUAGCCCGGAGGCAAUUGCGAGAGAAAAGACGUGAAAAGCGUGCAUCAGAAUUGGUGCAAAAGGAUGAUGAAACAACUGUAAAACUUGAGAAUGCAGCCAUUGAACGCUCCAAAUCAGUUGACUCUGCUGUUCUGGGAAAAUACAGCUUAUGGAGGAAAGAAAAUGAGAAUGAGAACUCUGAUUCGACAGUACGCUUGAUGCGGGAUCAAAUGAUAAUGGCAAGGGUAUAUUUAAGUAUCGCGAAGAUGAAGAACACAGUUGACUUGUACCAACAACUACAAGUUCGACUUAAAGAGAGCCAACGUGCCCUAGGGGAGGCCACUGCUGAUUCUGAUCUACAUCAAAGUGCACCCGAGAGAAUCAAAGCUAUGGGCCAAGUUCUGUCAAAAGCAAGAGAGCAACUGUAUGACUGCAAGUUGGUGACUGGGAAGCUCAGAGCAAUGCUUCAGUCAGCAGAUGAACAAGUUAGGCUCUUGAAAAAGCAGAGCACAUUCCUGAGUCAGUUAGCUGCCAAGACCAUUCCAAAUGCAAUCCACUGCUUAUCUAUGCGGUUAACCAUAGAAUACUACCUCCUUCCUCCAGAAAAGCGACGGUUCCCCAGAAGUGAGAAUUUAGAAAAUACAAAACUUCAUCAUUAUGCUCUCUUCUCAGACAAUGUCUUGGCUGCAUCAGUGGUUGUCAACUCAACUGUCAUGAAUGCCAAGGACUCUUCAAAACAUGUAUUUCAUGUUGUCACCGAUAAACUCAACUUCGGAGCGAUGAAUAUGUGGUUUCUGUUGAACCCCCCUGGAAAAGCCACUAUCCAUGUUGAAAAUGUUGAUGAAUUUAAGUGGCUUAAUUCAUCUUACUGCCCAGUUCUGCGUCAACUUGAGUCUGCUGCAAUGAAAGAAUAUUAUUUCAAAGCCGCCCAUCCAACCACUCUUUCAUCUGGUGCUUCUAAUUUGAAGUACAGGAACCCUAAGUAUCUCUCAAUGCUCAACCAUCUGAGGUUCUAUCUACCUCAGGUUUAUCCAAAGUUAGAUAAGAUCCUGUUUCUUGAUGAUGACAUUGUUGUCCAGAAAGAUUUGACUGGACUCUGGUCUGUUAAUCUCCGUGGAAAGGUUAAUGGUGCAGUGGAAACCUGUGGUGAGAGCUUUCACCGUUUUGACAAGUACCUUAACUUUACAAAUCCACAUAUUGCAAGAAACUUUGAUCCAAAUGCAUGUGGGUGGGCAUAUGGGAUGAACGUUUUUGAUCUAAAGGAGUGGAAAAAAAGGGAUAUUACCGGCAUAUAUCACAAGUGGCAGAACAUGAAUGAAGAUAGAGUACUUUGGAAGCUUGGGACAUUACCUCCGGGACUAAUUACAUUUUAUGGGCUGACACAUCCUCUCGAGAAGUCAUGGCAUGUGCUUGGUUUGGGUUACAAUCCAAGCGUCGAUCGUGCAGAGAUUGAGAAUGCUGCAGUCAUACACUACAAUGGCAAUAUGAAACCUUGGCUAGAGUUGGGAAUGACAAGAUAUAGGUCAUACUGGACUAAGUACAUUAAGUUUGAUCAUCCCUACGUUCGCAGCUGCAAUCUAAGUGAAUGAGCUGGCUGAAGUCAUAUAUGGUGAGAUCCUCUCUCUCUUGCUGGCUGCCUCGUUAUUUCUAACUAAAGGUUGCUUUUAGUUUAAUUUUUUUUUUUUUUGGCCCUAGUUUCCCCUGUUUUCAUUCUCUUUCCACAUUGUUUAUUCUUCUUUGUGAUUCAUUCAAUUUGUUCCAAUCAUCUGUCACCACCAUUGGAGCAAGGUAACUAAUUCUAUGCCUUGUUGACCUGUAAAACCGCCCUACUGUAUCACAUUCUGGAGCUAAGUCUGAUUUCGACAGGAAUAGGAGUUGAGUGUCAUUUUCUGUAUUCUUUGAACAACUUGCACACCUUGAAGAAUUCAAUGUGUAUGGGUUCUGAUAUAUAUGCUGUCUACUCAGAUGAUAAGCUAGCCAUGUUGUGAUAACUUUUUA